AUGCCGCCUUUCUCGCCCGUCCACAUCAGAGAGCAUUGGGCACAAUUGGUUCGGAUCUUCACCAAGGGUUCUCCAUCAUCAUCAUCAUCAUCAUCUUCUCGGUUCGACGAAGAAUCAAAGAUCAAAGAUUCACCAGAACCCCGAGAAGUCCAUCAUCGAAGAUACGAAUUCACGGAUGUACCUCAGGAUGUCCUCCUUGGGACUAGGAUGUAUACUCUGCAAAGGGAUAAUCCUCGAAAAGAAUGGACCCCAUUUAGUGGAAAAGAUAUGCCACAUGAUGGAAUUGGCCGUAUUGGAACUACUGCUUCUAUACAGCCAGAAUGCCGUUCGAUCAAUGACAGUGCAGCAAGUCAAAUCGGUCAUCUCAAGCUUUUUAGAGUGUCGGAUAAUUUUGCACAUUUCUCAAUGAAUGUCAAAGGACAAAAGGACGAAAACUUUGUCCAUUUGAAAUUCAAUCUCAAAUCCUUCGGUAUCAUCUCUGGAUUCUGGAUUCUGGAUGCUUCUUGGACUUCCAAACUAUCAGGUUGA